AUGGCGAAAAGAAAGAGGGCUGGUAAGAAAUCUGCCUCCCAUAAUAACAAUCAUAAUCACCACAAAUCUGCCCAUCAUCGCGCAGCUGCCCAGUCUACCUCCGCUGAACAAGAACACCAGCUCGACUACGAAGAUACCGUCACCAACCACAACGAUGAGAAUCGCGACGACGAAGUAGAAGGAGCGGAACCAACAGCAGAGGAUGAAGAUUAUGUCUGGGGCACCAAACCCUUGAAGUCGAGUAAAGCCGGCUUCUUUGGUAGUGGUCCCAAAGGCUAUAUCGAUCCCAGCACCAACCAACGUGGCGCAUUCCCCGAACUUCAGGGAGUCGACGAUGAUGCCGACCUCUCGGGCCCUGCCAUUGAUGGUCUAUCAUACUUACGCAUGGUUAGACAUGAAGCUCGAGGGGUCCCGAACCUCCUUACUGCAUCGCAGAUGACCGGAAUCGCGCCGUCGGUAAAAGUCUCCAACAUUGUUAUCGCCGCACCACUUCCCGCUCCGACCUCCAGACCGAUGGUGCCUCAGGAUGUUGAUAACCUUUUGUACGAUGAUGAUAACGUUGUCGAGUAUAAUAAGGCCCAUCAACCUCCAACUGAGCCGAUCGACGCUAUUUCGUACGACGAAGCUACAAAACCCGAAAAUAAUACGGAGCUAGCGGGAAAAGAGCCUGGUAGCCUUUCGUACGAUGACGAGAAUGAAGAUGGCGGUGAUGAUGAUGAAUGGGACGAAGAGUGGGACGAAGAAGACCCUUACGACGAUCUCUCCGACUCCGACUCCUCCGCUUAUUACGUCGAUGGGGCGUAUAUAGCUCGUCCGGUCCCUAUGCUUGCGAGGGUUACAACCGCUUCUGCUCUACCCCCACGCACCGUAUCUGCGGACUGGCAUGCUUCUUUGAUAACCAACUUUCACACUACUCGUGAAGCAAUCCUUACAACAUCAUUUGAAGAACCUGAAAUUCCAUUCCCUAUCAUUCCAACCCAAUGGAAGGAUUUUAUGGUCGCCAAUCAACCCUCCCUACCCGUUCUGCAAACCAUUUCCUCUGAAAACGCUAUAAAGGCACUGAAGCAUCUUCGCAAGUACCUUGGAUGGCGAAAUGUCAAUGAAUGGCAGGGGAAAUGGAUAUGGGCGCUCUUGGCUAGGGCAAAUGACGUGGGGAUAUUAAUGAAUGAAGAAGUCAGUGUUUUGAGGGAACUAGGGAAGAAGGCAGUAUUUAAUCUUGAGAAAGCUACAGACGCGAGGGUGAAGAUUGUGGAAGAAGGUGGAGAAGAUUGGUGGAAUGAAGAGUUGCAGAGAGGUGUUAUGGAAUAUAUGGGUGGAGGAGAACAAGAUCCUGCAGCUUGUGGUGGGGAGGGUGUUAAAACUGAUGAGCAGGUAGGGUUUCCCGUCGAGUUUAAGAUCGAAGAUCUCGAUUUCGGUGCGGAAGACCAAGAUGUAGAGACAGGUGAAGCCGGGUCUGGGGGAGAGGAUGAGAGUGUGAAGGAAGAAAGACCAACAAAAAAAAUGGCGCUCUUCAAGCCCAGGGCUGUGCAGAUACCAAAGCCUUCUAGCGGAUCUACGUUGUCGGUUCCUUCAAUCUCAGUUAUUCCUGCGACACCCGGUACUGGGGACGUGGAAAAUCCGAUGGAGGACGCCUUGUCCGUAAACCAGCUACUUCCAGAUGCUGUCGAUACAGCUGAUGACGACCUAGCAUCCGCACAGCUACAGAUGGAGAUGGAGCUUGCCCCUGUUUCUAAUGACGCUGGUGAUGUUGUGGAAUCGAAGGAUUUGGUUGAGGAUGGCGAGCUGGACGCCGGAGCUGUAGAUAAGGCGCACAGAAUGCCGGAUGUUAAAACGGUAUUUGCAUUGGACAUGAUUGUCAGUAUUGUUGGGGAAGUUUUCGGGCAGAGAGAUCUAUUGCUCGAGAGGAGGUAA